GAGGCUGCUGAUGAUCAAGCCUUAUCUGAAAGAUUUUCUUCCCAAAAGAAAGCAGAAGAGCUUAUUAUUGGAAAACCAUUUGAUUGAUCUUCUUUGCCACUGUUUACCAUAAAUUUACUUUUGUACUUUUCCUUCCAACAAAGUAACUGAAGCAGAAAAACGUUGACAAUGGUGAAUCUUUCGUCUGCCUCCAAGACGAGCGGCAGCAGCUCUUUGAAGAUGUUGGUGUGGUAUUCCUUCUUUGGCAUUCUCCAUGAGCUUGCCCACGCCUCAAUGGCCCUUUGGAUGUUGGGCUUUGAGAACUCGGGUCUGGACACGCCAAGGAUCUUUGUUCUUCGAGCUGCAUUUGGCCGUGCCUGUACCAUCCCUUCACUCUUGGAAGCUACUCCUUGGGAAGCCGCUUUGGUUCGCCAUGCCGGAUGGAUCUUCAGCCUGGCAUUGGCUCUUGUGGUUGUGGCCGCGUUCCCUGGAAGAAAGGUUGGUGGUGCCUUGCAGAUGGCGGCUGUUGUGACUGCCUUGGAAGCAGUGUGCACAGAUUUGUUGGGCGUCGGAGUGGUCAAGGGGGUAUCUGCGGCUACCCUGUUCUGUGGAAACUUUGGAGUCAUUCUGCUUCAUCCCUGUUGGACCAACACUCCAGGUGACAACGGAAAGACUGCACUGGAUCUGAUCGAGAAGAUGAUUGAAGUGACCAUGAUGCGUGGGGCCCAGACAGGAGGUGUUGUGGCCUGGGUCAACAAGACUCCAACUACGGUGGCACCCAUUCGCUGCCGUGUGGUUAAUGGAAAGCGCACGGAUUUGUCUGAAUUACUUCGCAAAGAUAUGAAUAAAAAAAUGUGCAAAGGCGGUAGCCUCAAGCCAUCCAUUCGGGCCUUGAUGGGGCAUACCCGGUUUGCGACUUCCUCCAAAGCCACCAUGGAUGGUACUCAUCCCCACACUUGGAGUGCGCCUGAAUUCAGACGUAUCUAUCCAAUGGAGGAUGCCAAGCUCUGGAAGAGUAGUGAGCCUGUACCCGUGGUUCGAAUGGAAUCGAAUUAUAUUACACACAAUGGAGAUCUUGACUUUUUCAAGGUCAAUGGGGAGCAUAACGACCUUGAUACCGUCCAGAAAUGGUUGGAACUGGCUACCGGUCACAAAAUGCCCUGCAGUGUUGAUUCAGCAGCAAUCGCCGGUUUGAUUGAUAUUAUUCGCGCAGCUGGAUGCUUUGGAUUGAGUAUGCGAUAUGCCUUCUUGGUCUCCUGCAAGGGAAGUAACAUGAAAACGGAUGCACCUCUCCCGACCUACAAAACAUACGAAGAUCUCGGAAUGGAGUUCGAAGCCGGUCUCAAACAAUUCUGCAGCAAGAACGGCUACGGCUUGAACGAUUUGAAGCGGAGCCGCACACUCAAACGGAAGUUCGUUGACCUCAUGGUGACAGCUCUCGCUGACAGUGCCCGUUUCAAGAAUUCUCCUCUCCGACGCUGCGUUGUUGUGAAAGGAUGCUCAUUGGAAGGGGGGCAGUCAGACAGCCCUCCUAUCAGUAUGCACGAUUUUGUGGCCAAGACUGUGGAAGCUUUCUUCUACAACGAUAUUUACGGUACAACUAAAAUCUUCAUGAAGGAUGCUGUUGGUUCCUUUGGGUUGAUGGUGACUACCUCCAUGGAAGCACAGCGCCAAAUCUGUAUUGCCGCCCGUGGACAGCCCAUGUCAAUUGUCUUUUAUCCCGACAAGGGAAUUAUCACCUAUGGAUCUGAGCUGGCGGCUGUCAAAGCAGGUUUGACCUUCGACGCCCCCAAGGAGAUCCCCAAAGUAAAGCGAGAUGCACAUGGAAAGUUUGAUGUCACAAAGGAAACCUGUCGGUUUGACUUGGAUGACCUCGGAGGCGAAGUUGUGUUGGUGGAUUUCUCCGAAAAGGCUGCCGACGGACGAUCCAUAGCCCAGAUCAAGGCACACCAAGAAAGCAAGACUACGGGACCCUACUUGAAGGAACGUACCACGCUAUUGGAUAACAACGAGUUCUUGCUCCCUCUCACAACAACAACCAAAGACCCCAUCUUGACGGAUAUCGAAAGCAUCCCCUACUACCUGGAGCAGGUGCAAUGUGACUGGCGUGAAGGCGGGCUCAAUCGUAUAACUGCCUGGAGUCUUGGCCGAUGCCUCCGACGUCGCCUCAAGGAUCGCAUCGACGGCAAAAUCCCCGUCAAUGGUUCCACCGUGGAUGUUUUGAUAACUGGCUGCGAGGUGUCCCUUUGGCUCGGAGAACAGUUUGCCAGUGACUUGCAAAAGGCUUUCCCAAAGCUCUUCAUCAAGGCCACCAGCAGCAACAAGCUUCUUGGAGUUUUCGGUCAAGAACUAGCUGUCCCCUCCAUUGGUUUCCCCAUGUCCGAUAAAAUGCCCGACCUCAAGGACACCAUUGUCAUCAUUGUGAGCCAUUCCGGUGGGACCUUCGCCCCAUUGGCAGUUUCAAACCUUUUGCAGAGUUUCACAAACAACAUCUUUGUUGUAAGCAGUGAAUGGGACACUCAGAUCGGAAAGCAAUUGCGUGGAAUGUUCGCAUCGGAGAAAGACAUCAUGGCAAGCCGUGUUUUCACUACCAACAUUGGUGUUCGCCCAGCAGAACCUUGCAGCCUAAGUGUUGCCGCAACCCACCAGCUGUUGACGCAGAUCUUUGAAUACAUGUGCAUGGUGGUAUUGAGUGAUCAACACUUCAGACACUUGGCUGGUGCUGCUGUGACCGAGAGGGAUCUUCAGGCUUUGGAAAGAUGCAACCGAGACAACAUUUUCGCUCUUGAAACCAUUGUCGGUAUGGAUGCUUACGGCGAGAGAAAGGAUACUCUGGUGAAUUCAGAUCUCAAGGAAGCUGGCAGUUUGUGGGCGGAUCAUAUUUUGGAGAAUGCAAGAGCCUACAUCAUGUCUUUUGUUUACGUGAUUGUGACGGUGACAGUUGGGUACCCGAUCAUCUCCGGCAUUGCAACUGGAGCUGGUCUCGAAGCUGAAUGGGCCUUUUACAUCACUCGCUUCUUUGACGCCCUUAUCUACUUCUUCCUUCCUCAGAUCAACAUCAUUAUCAUAAGGCUGAUACAGGGACGGGAUCUGCGUCACCGAAUGGUGGGCCGGACUGCUGUCAUUGGCGAUAUUCCAUGGGUUGCCCAGUCUGCCGAAGCAUUCCUUUCGAAAAUUUUUGCCCGCUCAUAUUCGAUUGCUGGUCUCAACGUUCUCUCUGGAAAUCCUGCCGACCACUUGGUCCACCGGCAUACCCACCGAGUAGUACGCGGGGCACUGUUGGUCUGUGGACGACCAGACGGUCGACUAACUGCCCUCACAUCCGCUGAAUGUGCUGUGAAUCUAAGCGUUAACCAGGCUAGCAGCAUCCAAAGCAUUGACGGAACAUGCGAAUCCAUCACCAUUGGCCACAAUCCCUCCGAACUCAGUCUUACCAAGAAAGACAUCGCCUUGGCUUCAGUGCGCCCUGCAUUCUUGUGUGAGAAAAUUUUGGGAACCAUCGAUGAAGAAACAUUGAGAAAACAGGCAGCGUUAGCGUCGAAGCAGGAGGCCAAGGGGAGAAAGCUCAACAAAAAGAUGCAUUUCAUGAAAUCCUCCACGGACAACACUUCGGACGAUGGUAAGAGCGUGGACUCAAGAAGUUUGGAUUCGAGCACACAUCGCAGUUCGCACAAUUUGAAGGGUUUGUAUCUGGGCCUGCAGGAGAAGUCGACUAGAAUGAUGAUACGGGAAGCUUCAAAGCGAACUAUGCAAGAGUCGGAACGCUCUAUCGCGUCCCCUUCCAAGCCCGAUGUGGUUGUCGUUCCAGAACCAAGCAGGGAGCUUUCGACUGCGUUCGAAGAUGCCGGUCCUGAACUCUCCGUGGAGGAGGAGGUUCUGCACAGCAUGAUCCAAGAAAACCAAAAAUCAAAUGAGCUCCGCGAACUCUUCAACAAAUUGGACGACGACGGCAAUGGUACGGUCGAUCUGGAAGAGUUUAUCAAGGCUUACGAAACUGUGAACAGUGGUCUUCCUCGACAUGAGAUUGAAACCAUCUUUCGUGAGGCUGAUGUCGAUGACUCGGGCGCUUUAGACUUUGAAGAGUUUCGCCAGGUCAUGUCUUUCAGCGAACUGGACGUACUCCGCAAGCUUCAGCAGGCGGCGUUCCGCGACGACCGUGGGAUGAUGCAAGUUCACGCUAGCAUGGAGAACUAUUUUGGAGAGUCCAUGGGCAACGCGCAGUCCCUUUCAACAGUUGGUGACUUCGCAAAGUCCCAGAGCCAGCACUUGAGUAUGGAACUAUACGAGUCGCGAGUUGCUUCCCUCCAACGUUUCGUGGCCAUGUGUGUGAUGUUCCAUCAAACAGGAAAGCAAGUGCAAGACUUCUUCCCCAAGUAUACGUUCGGGUUGAUGAACUACAACAUGGAACGCACCCACAGCAUCAUGCGCAUUGCCACCACGGCAAGUCCAGUCAGCGGCGACGCCGUGCGUGGCCAGAUGGAACGAUUGCGUUUGCGUGCCCGGUACCAGAGCGCUGUACAUGUGAUUGAAGGAGCCUGGGCAACAGCCGACAUGCAACACAUGAAAAGAUUGAAAGAGCAGUGGCGACAGAACGGCCGCCGCCGAAAGAGUGCCUUGGACGUGAGCCUUAGCAGUCGCCUCUCCCUGCAAAACAGCACAGAGUUCGGUCAGCGGUCUUCUUCCGGAUUGGACGACAGCCAAAGUAGCGGUCGGUCCUUGCUUGCCACUGUUGCUGCACGAGCCGCUCAAGAACGAGCCGCUGAAGAAGGGGGCAAGAUGUCCGACAGCGAUUCCGACAUCAGCUGUUAAGCAAUGGGCAGCCUGACUGUGCCUUGCUGACUGAGAAAGCAAGAUCCUCGCCUCUUUUUAAAAAAGACCUUACCGCAUCAUCCCUUGCAUGCUUCCGUCCGAAGUCUUCGUUCCCUCAGGCCUCAACAGGACGGCGACAAAUCCAAUGCACGCUCUUCACUCCUCACUCCAAACAAUGCCAACAUUAGAAAGCCCAAAUACUAGCAUGCUAGCUCCGGUAGGAGAGCACCACUAACAGUUUCAUUUGAUCCCCAAAUACACCACUAGCUAGCUAGCUUGUGUUGUUCUUGUGAUGGGAUAACCACCGUUUCGUUG